GGACACGAGGAGGGAGGGAGGGAGCACACCAUCUCACUUGCGUUGGAGCCCUUCCUUUGCGGUUGCUUUCCUCCUCACCCUCAGCCCCGUCCUUAUAAGCUACCACCACCCGAGGCGCAAGAUGCCCACAAGGCACCGCACCGGCACCGGCACCGGCACCGGCACCAGCACCAGAGGGGAGGGUGAGUGAGUGAGAGUGAGUGACACUGCACUGCACGCCGCUGCCCUCUCCUCUCGUUCGUUCGGUGGGCGACCAGGAGGCACGCAGCUAGACUGAUCUUCUUCCUCCUCCCCCAACUAGCGGCCGGCGAGCAAUGCCGCGCCGUCCGAGGGCCUCCCGCGGCGGCAGCGGCGGCGAGGAGGUGAAGAUGGAGGACUUCGUCGAGUCGAUGCUGAACCUGGGCGGCGGCGGCGGCGAGGGCGAGGAGAGCGAGGAAGGGGAGCAGCUGCCGGCGGCGGACGCGACGCAGUACAAGUCCAAGAACCUGGACGCCGAGCGCCGGAGGAGGGGCAGGCUCAACGGCAACAUCCUCGCGCUCAGGGCCGUCGUGCCAAACAUCACCAAGAUGAGCAAGGAGUCCACCCUGGCGGACGCCAUCGAUCACAUCAAGAAGCUCCAGAACCAGGUCCUUGAGCUGCAGAGCCAGCUCGCCGACUCGCCCGGUGAGGCCUGGGAGAAGCAAGGCAGCGCGUCCUGUUCUGAAUCCUUCGCCCCCACCGACAACAUCCAUUAUCAGGGUCAGGUAGAGCUGAUACCUCUAGGGUCUUGUAAGUACAACCUCAAGAUCUUCUGGACCAAAAGGGCAGGCCUCUUCACCAAGGUGCUGGAGGCACUCUGCAACUACAAUGUGCAAGUGCUUAGCCUCAACACCAUCACCUACUAUGGCUAUGCAGAGAGUUUCUUCUGCAUUGAGGUUAAGGGUGAGCAGGAUGUUGUGAUGGUGGAGCUAAGGGACCUGCUGUCCAGUAUUGUAGAGGUUCCAAGCAUUUGACCAUCUGAGGCCCUUGCAAACAAUAACUCACGGAAUUCAUAUGAAAGAAGCCAUAUAUGAUUCUGUGGAAAUGCAUCCUCUUUAGAAAGAAAGAACUCUAGCGUUGCACGGUCUGUGUAGGGAGAGCAUACAGAGAUACAAUGUUGAACUGACAAAACUGACGGGAAGAAGUCUGAAUUUUGUGUUGAAGUUGGAAUCAUUUCAUAA